AGUCAAUCACUAUUGCGGUUGCCAAUAGCCGCACACGUGCUGAGAUAUUGUGAUAUUUUACAACAAUAAAAUAACUUUAAAACAUUCGUCGUGCAUCAUACCGGUCUACGCGGCUCAUAUUUUGUUUACCAACAUCUGUUCAUCAACGAGUUUGCAAAUUAGGUAUUAAUGGCCAUGGUGACUGAAGUGAAAGUGAAUGGAAGCGAAAUGGAAGCGAAUACUGAAGUGCCUCCCGCACUGGCUGAGAAGCCAGUCGGUCUCCCACCAGGAAAGUACUCUCUUAUUGGCUGGGACAUGGAUACAACAGGACGGAGACUAAUAGAUGAGAUAUGCCAAAUAGCAGCAUAUACUCCGAAACAGACUUAUUCCCAAUAUAUUAUGCCGUAUGGUGACCUUAAUCCUGGAGCGAGACGCCGUCACAAUGUACGCGUUGUCACCGUUGGACGUUACAGAAUGCUAAAAGAUAUGGUUUCUCAUAAGAUUCUUAAGACAAAAUCAGAGAUAUCAGCUUUAACAGACUUCCUUGAUUGGUUAGAGAAAGAGAAAGGAGAUGGUAGUGUCAUUCUUAUAUACCACGAACCCAGGAGGUUCAGUCCUACAAUGCUUCUUGAGGCUUUGACAAGGUACGACCUGUUGGAUCGUUUUAAUUCAAUAGUCGCAGGAUUCACUGACAGCUAUGCCCUGGCUGCAGAUAAAUGCAAGGCAACAGUGAAGUCAGUCUCGCUGCGAGUGUUGGCUCGUGUGCUUCUGGACGCGGACUCUCUGUCAGUGGACAGCGCCAUCGAACGGGCAACAGCUGCCUAUAAGAUUGUCGAACAUCUCGCACAAGGUGAACAGCAAGAAGUAAGUGCCUCAGGUGAGAGUCUCUCAGCCAGUAAAGACAUGGUGGAAACGGCAAGGGUGUGGGCAAGGCCUGUACACACAGAACUAGAAGCGCUCGCCAAUCUAAAGAAGAUCCUUGAAAGACAGAACACGUUCCGUCCAGUGUUCGCGCCCCUACUGCGCGGCGCUCGCGGCGAGCGGCGGCGCGUGACGCAGCUGCGGCGCCUGCUCGCCGACCACGGCCUGCUCUAUCAGCAGCUACACGACGCCUGGGAGAAACAACAACUCGCAGGCUUAGAGAAACAAUUAUCAGCUUUGUCAGUAUCUGCUAAAGAGGAAGACAUCAAAGAGUUGAUUGAAAUACUGGACAGUCAUUUCGAUCCUGCCAAAGAACCGAAAGGACCUAAACCAAGACAGCCUACCGUAAGACCUCGAUCGACCGCCAAUACUAACAAUACAAGUGGAGACGCUGAAGGGAGCACCAGUGAUUCGCAGAAUAGUUCAUCGCAAAACUCGCCCAACAAAACUAAUGAUAUAGCGGCGGGAGAUAACAGUUUAAAAGUACAAGAGCCGAUCGCGGCCAACUAACGUUUGAUUCAUCGCAACAUGCGCGUACGAAGACUCAAAUUAAAAACGUUUUCGCAUAAUAAACAGUAUGUUAUUUUAGCAUAAGUAUCAUUUUUUGGAAUUGAAACAUUUUUAUAAUGCAUGUCGUCUAUACGAGAUUAAUGAAAAAAAAAAAACCCACUAAAUCGUAAUUUUCA